AUGGCUACUGAUCCUUCUCUCCAGGAUCCCCUCCUGGCCCUUCGUCGCUCAAUCGCGGCCGGAAGCUUGCCAACCGCGACAACUUCAUCCGACCUCUCAGCUGAGAAUGCCACCGACGACCUGGCGAAAGCCACCCACCUAUACUUUCAACAUCCUCUACCGCAGGCCAUUGCUCUAAAUAUGCCGACGCGGUUCAUCUCCAGCUCCUCCGAAUCCCCUGUCGACCUCCGCGGUAUCUUCUUCGCGUAUCAGAAAAAGGAUGUUGCGAUUCCAGAGUACAUUACCUCAGUGCAGGAACUGAACGAGGCACUUGCGCAAAAGGAGCGCGGCGAAGGCGUGCCAGAAGAAAAGGCGCAGAACCUGUCGUUCGUCGAGCGCUUGGAUCUCAUCACUUGGUUGGAGGGCGCCUCGGACGAAAGUGAAUAUAUCAAGCCGUUGGAAGGUGUCACCGGUGUACCUUCGUCGGCGGCUCAGGCUCAGGCAUCGGCCAACGUCGCCUCUGGCGCGGCAGGUGUAGCUGCUGCUCCUAGUGGUGCUGCUCCUGCUGCUGGGGCUGCUGCUGGAAAGGGCGGGAAGGUCAUUGAUCCCAGGCUUCAGGAGAUCUAUGACGGUGAACGAAAGCUGGGAGACCGCAAUAGCGUUCUGCGGGGAAUCAAGCACACAGACUUUUCCCACGUUCGCAAGAUCGCAGAAACCUUCCUCGGCCGCAAUCGCUCACGAACAGGCCAAUACCCUCCAGGCACAAAGCCCGGAACAAAGCCACACUCCCUAGUCCCAGCACCAUCAGCUGGCCUCUCGCAACCCCGCAAAGGCAGCUCAAAGACCCAAGACCCCAUCAUCCUCCUCUCCCCCUCCGCCUCCUCCCUCAUCCGCAUGUCAAACGUCCGCUCAUUCCUGGGCGACGGUGUAUUCGUGCCCCCCGACCAUCCAACCCUAGCCAGCCUCAGCGCCUCAACAAACAUCCAAUACAUCCACCGCCCGCUAACCGGAAUUACCGACUCCACAUCUUCCUCCCGAGCCGUCAGCUCGCAGUCCAGCUCGCGGAAACCGACGCGCUUCAUCCUCGUCGACAGCACUGCAAACUUCAAACCAGACUACUGGCAGCGCCUCGUCGCAGUCUUCACAACCGGCCAGACCUGGCAGUUCAAGUCGUACAAGUGGUCCUCACCCCCGGAACUCUUCAAACACGCCACGGGCGUCUACGUCGGCUGGCGCGGAGAAGAUGUCCCUCGUGAAGUCCGCGGUUGGGGUCGUGGCGUGCGCAGCUUCUCCGUUGAACGGUGGGACGACAAGGGCGGCGUGCAGGGUACAGGGCGCUGGCGGGAUCGUGAGGUCGUCGAGGGGAUCUGGACUGCUAUUGAGGAAGGGAUGAAGUUGCGUGGGUGGGGGUCUAAGUAA